AUGAUUCAAAGCAAAGAGCAGCAAGCAAAAAAAACAAUACAUGAUGCUGUUCGUGCAAAUAAUGUUAAAGAACUUGAAUUAAUUGUUGGACAUGGUGCAAGUGUUAAUGAUGUUGAUGUACAUUGUGAUGAUAGAUUUACACCAUUACAUUGGGCAGCUCAUUCUGGAAGUCUUGAAUGUAUGCAUUGGCUUUUAUGGCAAUCAGCUGAUAUGGAUGCACAAACACCGAAAGGAUGGACACCAGCUCAUAUUGCUUCGAUUCGAGGACAUGAUGCAUGUAUGCAAGCUCUGAUCAAUAAUAAUGUUAAUAUAAAUGCACGUGAUCGUCGUAAUCAAACAUGUCUUCACAUGGCUUGUGCACAUGGAAAUUCUUUUGUUGUACAUACUCUUUUACGUGGAGGUGCUGACCUCAAUCAUCAAGAUGUUAAUGGAUGGACACCUGCUUAUACUGCAGCUUAUCAUGGAAGACUUGGAUGUUUACAAAUGUUAGUUAAAUGGGGUGGUAAAUUAGAUGAAGUUGAUAAUGAAGGAAAUACAGCAGCUCAUCUUGCUGCAAUGGAAGGUCAUUUACCAUGUUUAAAAUUUAUUGUAUCAGUUAGUAAAGACACAGCAACAAUAUUAGGAGCUCGUAAUGAUCAAGGUGAUACACCAAAAUCUUUAGCUGAACAAUUUUAUAAAGAAAAUUGUUGUACAUAUCUUGAUGCACUUGAAUGGGAAAAAGAUCAUCCUGAACAAGCCGAAAAUCUUGCUUUUCCAGCACAUGUUGCUGCAUAUAAUGGAGAUUUAGAACAUGUUAAAUUAUUAGUUGAACAAGGUGUUGUUAAUAUAAACGAACGUGAUGAACGUGGAGCAACAUUAGCACAUAAAGCAGCUGGUCAAGGACAUAUUGAUAUAUUACGAUGGUUAAUUGAAAUGGGUGCAUCUAUGGAUUUAACAACACAAAGUGGUGAAACACCAAAAGAUGUAGCAAGACGUUUUGGACAAUUAGGUUGUUUGAAAUUAAUUGGUGGAGGAACUGAAAAAAUUGAAACAAGUACAAAUCAACAACAUCAUCAACAUCAUCAUCAUCAAAAUGAAUCUAAUCGACGAAAAUUAACAGCAAAAGAAGAAGAACUUAAUCGUGCAAAACAAAAAUAUGAUGAAUUACAAAAACAAUUUGAUAUAGCAAAAAAAAAUUUUCGUCAAUUAGGUGGACAAUUAGAAGAUGAUAAUAAACGAGAUAUAGUUGAACAUGAAUCACAAAAAAAAAUUGAAGAAUUUGAAACUCAAUUAGAAUUUGAAAGAUUAAAACGAGAAAAACUGGAAUCAGAAUUAGAUGAAUGUCGACAUGAAAUUGCACGUUUAAUUAAUACAUUACGAGCAUAUGAAGAGAAACGAUUACAUACACGUCAUCGACCACCAUCAAGUGAAAUUCGUCAACAUAAACAUAAAAAACCAUCAUCAGCUUCAAACAAACAAUCACGACGAAUAGAAAAAGAAACAGGCCUUACAUUUAUGCGUAGAAAUUCUGUUAAUUCUUAA